AUGAGUGAUCCUCGCGACCGCGACCAGCCCGAGUCGGAAGACGAGGAAGACUUUAAUCCACCUCCAGCCGAUUUCAGCGAUGAUGAGAAUCAAGACGACAGCCGCCACGAACAGUCAAAACAGCAGAGCAAGUCGUCGCCUACGCGUAAUGGAGAUGAUGACGAAGGAGAUGAGGAUGAUGACGGUGACGGUGACGGUGACGGUGACGGUGAUGGUGGCGGCAAUGAUGAUGACGAGGAAGAGGAAGAUGAAGAAGAUGAAGAGGAUGAGGUCCAGACCCAUCGUCGCAAGCGACGUAAGGGCAAGGCAAAUGUCUUCCUAGAUGUCGAAGCCGAGGUCGAUGACGAGGACGAAGGUGAAGACGACGAAGAAGCGGCCGAAGAAAAUGAAGGCUUCAUCGAACACGAAGAGCCGGGCGAUUUCGGCGAGCAUAGCCGACUGGACGACGAUCGACGACAUCGGGAACUCGACCGUCAGCGCGAUGCAAUUACGCAGGAAGACCUUGAGCGAGCAGCUGAAGGCUACGUGCGCAAAUAUGGAAAUCGCAGGACCGCGAGGGGUCUUGGAGAUUCUGCCAUCGUUCCCCAGAGACUUCUUCUCCCUAGCGUAGACGAUCCCGGUAUCUGGGGUGUUCGAUGCAAGGAAGGCAAGGAGCGCGAAGUCAUUAUGGCUAUCAUGAAGCGCGUCAUCGAGCGCCACAACACCAAGGAUCAAUUAGCCAUUACGGCGGCUUUUGAACGCGGCGGCCCUAAUUCCAUUAUGAAGGGACUCAUUUACGUUGAGGCUCCCCGACAAAGUGACGUGAUGAUGGCACUCGAAGACAUGAUGAACGUCUACCCUCGUACUAAGCUUAUCCUUGUCGAUAUUAAGGAGAGACCUGAUCUCAUGCGAGUUCAAAAGACUCCUACAUUGGAACCCGGCGCCUGGGUACGACUUCGCAGGCCCGCCAAGCACUCCGGUGAUCUCGCACAAGUUCUCGACAUCACAGAGAAUGGCCUUGAUGCUAGGGUUCGCUUCAUUCCUCGGCUCGACUAUGGACUACGAGACGAGUCAAUUUCAGCUGCCGAUAAGAAACGUAAGCGUCCGGUUAUGGGACCACGACCUCCGCAGAGACUGUUCAGCGAAGUCGAAGCCCGAAAGAGACACCCGCGUACUCUCCAGUAUAGCAGCCAGACCAAUACCUGGAACUACAAUGGCGACGAGUUUGAGAAGGGCUUUCAGGUCAAGGACAUCAAGAUCCAACACCUGAUCGUUAGCGAUGUCAACCCGUCGCUAGAGGAAGUUACCAAGUUUGCGUCUGGAGGCGAAGACGGAGUUGAGAAUAUCGAUCUUAAGUCCCUUGCCGCUAGUCUUAAGGACAGUAAUGCCAACGUUACCUAUCUGCCGGGUGACGUAGUCGAAGUCUACGAAGGCGAGCAAAAAGGCGUGGUUGGCAAAGCAACCAAUGUUCAAGCAGACAUUGUUACAAUUGAGGUCACCGAGGGUGACCUCGUCGGACAGACCAUCGAGGUGCCAACAAAGGGUCUUCGCAAACAAUUCCGAACUGGUGACCACGUCAAAGUUAUUGGUGGUAGCCGAUACCGUGACGAGGUCGGUAUGGUUGUUAAUAUCUCCGAGGACCGUGUCACCCUUUUGACAGACCAAACCACAACCGAGAUUACUGUGUUCAGCAAGGACCUUAGAGAAGCAAGCGAUAUCGGUGGCCAGGGAUCCCUGGGUCAGUACUCGUUGCUCGACCUUGUACAGCUCGACACUAUGACUGUCGGCUGCAUCGUCAAGGUUGACCGCGAGACCCUGGUUGUACUGGAUCAGAAUGGCGAUACGCGGCAAGUGAUGCCUUCUCAGAUUGCCAACAAAUUACCCAAGCGAAAGACUGCCGUCGCCGCUGACCGCAACGGCUCCGAGAUUAGACCCGAUGAUGUUGUAAAGGAAUAUGGCGGUAUGGGUCGCCAAGGAAAGAUUGUUCAUAUUUACCGCACUUACGUAUUCUGUCAUACGAACAGAACCACUGAAAAUGCCGGUAUCUUUGUGUCUAAAGUGAGCAGUGUCAAUACCAUAUCGGCAAAGGGCGGCCGUGUCAAUGCCGCCAGCUCUGGUCCAGAUCUGAACGGCAUGAACCCGGCAAGAAAGCUGAACCCGAAUGGAGACAGGGGCGAUAUGCCACCUCCCAGAGUCUCGUUUGGGCGAGACAAACUGCUCGGCCAGACGGUCACGAUCAGAAAGGGAGGUUGGAAAGGUACCCUUGGGCGCGUCAGAGACACUACGGACACGCAUGCUCGCGUCGAGAUACACUCUAAGGGUAAGGUCAUUAGCGUGUUGAAGAGCGACCUUACAGUCCGUGACAGUAUUACUGGGCGUGAGAUAAAGAACUAUGACAGUCGUCGUCCCGGUCAAAACGGAUUUUCCGGAAAGCCUUCUCAAGGGAACGCAGAUUGGAGCGGAGGUCGCACGCCCGUGGGCAGUGCCUCGUCACGAACUCCUGCCUGGAAGACUCCUUCGGCUGGAGGAAGCGGUGGACGUACUCCCGCAUGGAGCAAGGGUGGCGACGGUGGUAGAACGCCAGCCUGGGCCGACGGUUCCCGCACGGUCAAUCCUUACGACGGAAGCAGAACCUCUUACGGCUCCGGCAGUCGCACGCCUGCUUGGUCUUCGGGUGCUAAGACGCCGGCACCUGAUCAUUUCAGUCACGGGUCGAAGACGCCAGCCUACAGCGGAAGUGGCGGUGACAACUGGGGUUCUAAGACUCCAUACGGCGCAUCCGCAGCUACUCCAGGAGCCAGCGGGAACGAUACGUGGGGCUACACGCCUGGCGCGAGCGGUUCAUCGAACGCUUACGAUGCGCCAACUCCUGGUGCCGGUCUCUUAGGCGCCCCUACGCCAGGUGCGAUGAAUGCCCCGACUCCAGGUGCGUAUAAUGCGCCUACUCCUGGUGCGAUGAAUGCGCCCACUCCCGGCGCCGGUUGGCAGAGCGGCUGGGGAGCCGACUCCGCACCGACUCCCGCCGCCGCCGCUCCUACACCAGCAGCAAGCGGCUUUGCUAGUUCUAGCGGAUACUAUGGAGCGCCUACGCCAGGAGCAUACAACGCAGAAACCCCGGCUGCUGGUCCUCGCUAUACUGAUGACGACUAG